AUGAACCGUGUCUUGACCAAGUGGAUUCAGAUUUUUCGUCCAUUGCUUAGUCUUGCCGUAUAUCAUGCAUUGAGGCUGGGACAAAAGCCUGACAAUUGCUUUGCUCAAACCUUACAACUGGUCAUUUCUCCGACAUUCACUUCGAGCAAUGUGCCUCGCAGUACUAGAGAUAUUGAACACGCAUUCAGGUUGGAUCAAGCCUUGGUUAUCGAUGUUGAAACCAUCAAGUCCUCAUUCGCCCCUGCUCAACAAGCAUUCGAUAAAGCUUACGAACAAACUCACGAGGAACGCGCGAGAAAUCCAAACGCCAUUGGUUUUCCUGUUAUCACGAUUCUAGUGCCUACGGAGUCCACGAUGAGGCAAGUCCCGGUAGGCCUGGAAAAAUUGGAGAUACCUUGGGAUGCCUUAUGGGAAGAGAGCCUCAGACGGCACAUUAACUCUGGGAAUCCUAGAUUAUGA